AUGAACUGUUCGAACCAGCAAAGUAAAGUAGUUAAGGGCUAUGGUAAAACGACAUCUAAGUUUUUGGAACACUUAAAACGGAACUAUGGCGUUGACACAGAAAAGGAAUGCAAAGUGAAAUAUUUGUGCACCGCCGGUGAUAUAUGGUCAGGGAAAAAAGAAGUUUUUGUAGGUGUUACAGUGCACUGGAUUGAUAAAAACUAUAAGAGGCAUUCCGCAGCUAUGGUUUAUCGCCGGUUUAAAGGGGCACACACCUUCGAUCGCAUAAAAGAUUUUCUUUUGGAAAAAUAUUCAGAUUUUGUUGACCCCACUUAA